GAAAGAGACACCUGCAGUGCAUACAGCCUACCAAAUGUCAGAGCUGAACUCAUCGCUGCACUGAGCACAUCACAUACCAAUCGUUGGCGAGGGAGGUGCAACGGCACAUAAAAAGGUUCGUUUGAUAAAUAUUCAGCAUUUCCUCCUGACUCCAGAUCACUGAACACAGAGGGACAUUUCAGCAGUUACUUGUGUUUUUCAGACCAGGAUGAAGAAUUUAAUUCAGUCUGUCCUCAUUCUUAUCUCUGUACUCAUCGCAGCAAAAGGUGCUGAAGAGGUGAUUUAUGCUCAGGUGGGAGAGAGGGUUAUCCUAAAGCCUCCAGCAGUAGAUAAAUAUAAAUAUAUGUACUGGAGGUUUGGUAGUCCACAGGGCAUUCAGCUUGCCUGGCGCAAUUACCUCAGUGGAAAUGGGAUUGAUAAAGAAGAAAAUAAGUUUGCCUGGUCUGGCAGCUCACUGGUCAUCAGCAACAUUGAACAAAACAACUUUGGCACAUAUUAUUGUGUAACGUCUGAUCCACCUUCUGACAAUCUUGCCGCCAAACAAGUCAAACUAGUCAAACUCAAUGUGACAAACCCAUCCUCUCCUCUGCUGCCUGGGGAAUCUCUGUCACUGGCCUGCAGCGUAGAGGAUUCUCAGGGUGACCAGAAGCCCAACAUAUACUGGCAGACUCCUAAUGGACAGAAAAUUAAAAACAUCCUAGUCAAGCAUGUCACAAGCCAACAUAAUGGCAAGUGGACCUGUGUUGUGAAAAAUGGUGAAAAUGAAAAACACACCCAGAUUUCUGUCAAAGUUUUGGACCUCUCCCCAGCUUUUUCAUCCACUCAGUAUACGUCUAAUUCCUCGCGUAUCACCAUCCCCUGUUCCUUUGCUCCUGAUAUCACCUGGGAACACUUCAAAGCUAAGGACAUCCAAGAGGUUUACUGGCAGUUCUCCCCUAAAAUACCCUCAGGUGUUAUUUCUGGUGGUCCACAGAGGCUCUUCACCCUCUCUCUGCAAGAUUCAAUGAAGUGGAAUGUAAACCAGCACACAGACCUGAAAACACAAGAUCCCAAAAAAGGAGAUCUGUCUUUGACCAGGAAACUAGGCAAAGAAGAAGACAGAGGAGAUUACGAGUGCAUCAUGAAAUUUAAAGGUGGAAAAAUUCUGAACCGGACUGUACGUGUAGAGGUGUUGCAAAUCAUCUCCUCCCCACGACCAGAGUUAAUUUCUGGCCAGCCGCUCAACCUGACUUGCAGCACUGGCAAUCAGCUGCCAUCUGACGUCCAACUGAAAUGGUCCCCACCUAAACAAUCGUCCCUGUCACCUCCGAUACCUGACCCCCACCCUGCCAAACUCACCAUCCCGCAAGUGCACACAGGAGAUGAAGGAGAGUGGGAGUGUACGCUGUGGCAGGGCAGUAAGCAGCUGACGUCAGCUGUGAUAACGCUGAAAAUCGAACCCAAACUGAGUGUGUGGAUGCUGGUAAUCAUAUGCAGUGCUGCUGUUGUUGUAAUCCUCAUCCUCAUCCUCAUUUUCAUCUUCUACCGACGCAGACAACGGAAGAUGAGACACCUCAGGCAUCGACUGUGCCAAUGCAAAAACCCCAAGCCCAAAGGAUUUUACAGAACAUAAUAUCUUCCAGAAAGACAUUUUCAAGAGGACAUGGCACCCGAUUGAAUUUCUGUCCAGAUAAGAUGGAUUUUUCUGUCAUAUCUACUUAACUGUGAACUUCUGUUCACAGUCAGAUGAAGGUUUGAAAGUUUAAAACAAAGUUCAAUCAUUGUUGAAAUGUCAGGUAAGGCUCUGUUAUCACAAAAAUGUAUUUUACAGUUGUAUAUAUCAGCCUGUUUGGAUUGUUUUUAUAUGUGUAAUGCCAGGUACUUUUUGUUUCACAUAACUGCUUUAUGAAACUAAAAUUCCAUUUAAUCAUAUUACUGUUUGUGAUUAUUAUUGUCUGUAACUCUUUAUGUUGUACUUGAUUGAUUGAAGUUUUUGUACACUGAUUGCCAUGUCAUGUAUAUUUUUAUGAGGCUCUCUAAUAUUGCAUUGAAAGGCUUGGUUACUUGCUUAUAUAAAUAUUUAUAUGAUAUACAGACGCAUAUUAUUUGUGCACAAAUGACAAUGCUUUAUUACUUAAAAUAAAAACAGGAUCCUUUGACAGAAUUAUGUAAAGAUGUACCAUGAAGAGUUUCAAUAAAGCAUCAGUAUUUUUCAUAAA